GCCCGGUCCCUCCUCCCCGCCGGCGCCGGCCGUGCCCGCCUCGCUCCCCGCCCCGGCUGAGGGGCGGCUGCUGCUGCCGCUGCUGCUGCCGGCAGCGGCUCCGCGAAAAUGUCCGAGCGCGGCGGCUUCUACCGGCAGGAACUGAACAAGACGGUGUGGGAGGUGCCCCAGCGCUACCAGAACCUCACGCCCGUGGGCUCCGGCGCCUACGGCUCCGUGUGUUCAGCUUAUGAUACCAAAACAAGACAGAAGGUGGCAGUAAAAAAGCUUUCAAGACCUUUUCAGUCACUUAUUCACGCAAGGAGGACCUAUCGAGAGCUUAGAUUACUUAAGCACAUGAAGCAUGAAAACGUUAUCGGAUUACUAGAUGUUUUCACACCUGCAACAUCAAUAGAAAAUUUUAAUGAAGUGUAUCUUGUGACAAAUUUAAUGGGUGCUGACCUGAACAACAUUGUGAAGUGCCAGAAGUUAACGGAUGACCACAUACAGUUUCUCAUAUAUCAGUUGCUUCGAGGUCUUAAGUAUAUUCACUCGGCUGGAAUCAUCCACCGGGACCUGAAGCCCAGUAACCUAGCUGUAAAUGAAGACUGUGAAUUGAGGAUUUUAGACUUUGGUUUAGCUCGACAAACUGAUGAUGAAAUGACUGGAUAUGUUGCAACAAGAUGGUACAGAGCUCCAGAAAUUAUGUUAAACUGGAUGCACUACAAUCAAACAGUUGACAUCUGGUCUGUUGGAUGCAUUAUGGCAGAGCUAUUGAAAGGGAAGGCCCUAUUUCCAGGAGAUGAUUAUAUUGAUCAGCUAAAGAGAAUAAUGGAAGUUGUGGGUACUCCCAGUUCUGAACUUUUGAAGAAGAUAUCAUCAGAACAUGCAAGAAAAUACAUUGAAUCUCUUCCACAUAUGCCUCAACAGGACUUGAAAGCAGUGUUUCGUGGUGCCAAUCCAUUAGCUGUAGAUCUUCUUGAGAAGAUGCUUAUAUUAGACAGCGAUAAAAGGAUUACUGCCUCAGAAGCACUUGCACAUCCGUAUUUUGUACAGUAUCAUGAUCCAGAUGAUGAGCCUGAGGCCGAGCUAUAUGACGAGUCAAUAGAGAAUAAAGAGCGAACCAUAGAUGAAUGGAAAGCUUCCUUGUGCCCUUCCACUGACUGCCUACAUUUGUGCCAUCCUCUAUCCUGGGGAUUGUGGGGGGGAGGACUAGCAGACUGACUACAGCAAAUUCACCUUAUAAAAAGGUAGGAAAUGGAUCAUGGCUCUCUCUGACAAUAAAGCAACCUCCUAGCACCUGAAAAGGGUUUUUUAGAAUCCUACUGAGUCUGUAUGGAAAAUGAGAAUUGACUAGUAUCAAUUAUUCCUUCCAUGUGCCCUCUGCAAAAUCUGGCAGCAUACAACACGAUGUAUCUUGUUUAUCAUGAGCAAUGUUCAGUUUGCUACAGUGGAUGACUUACUUUCUGCUACUACUUCAGUUAACUGAGUCUUUAACAGGAAAGUUUAACAGUUUCCGAUUCAUGAAACUGAUUGUGAUGAAACACUGUUAAAAUUAUUUUGGGAACAACUUUAGCUUAACACUUUCUGAACUGAAAUGGGGAAGUAGAAGUGACUUCUCUAGGAAAGACAAUAUAUUCUGCAGCAGUAUAUUUUUGUACAUCACAGUCUUCGCUGGAAGUACAGACAUAAUUCCUUCUUUAUACAUGAAAAAAGACCUGUGAGACAAAGAUCUCAAAACCGCGCUGUCACAGGAGAUGUAGCUCUUCUUCCUGACAAUAUUUUUAUCUUGGGAAAUAAACUUCCUUCACACUUCUGCGUGGUUCAUAUAGCAUUAAAAAUCCUCUAAGAAAGCUUCUGUGCUCUGAAGAUGGAGAAAAUACUAAGUCUAAGGCUCUAAUGACUUCAGUUAUUUGACUUAGUGAAGAGAAGCAGAAACUUCUAGGUAUUAAAGCAUUUUCUAUUAGGUAAAUCACAAUAUUUCAGAUGCUGCAUUGAGGCAAAUGUGUAUUUGCUUUCUGUGUGUUGAAUAACUAAGAGAACAGGCAGUCUUAUAUAAGACGGUGUUUUUUAUAGGUUUCUUUGUAUAGUGAUUCUUUAGCAGGCCAGGAGGAAAACAUUCCUUGGUGAAUCUAAACUGACUGAAAAUAAGAGUUAGAAAAAAUGAGUAUUUAGAACUGUUCAGAAAGAAAAAUCCUCAACCUUUUUUUUCCUGGAAAAAAAACAAUGACAUGAUCUUUUUGAUAUUUUUACCUAGAAGAGUGUCAAAAGACAACUUUUAAAACAGCAGUAAUGUUGAUGUGAGUAUUUUGAGGCAUGGUAAAUUAAAUAUACCUAAAACUAUUUUGGGCACCAUUUGCACAGAAUGGUCUGUGUCUGUACUCUUAACCCCCUUUAGCCUUCGAAAUAAGGUGACCACUCCAGGUUACCUACCAAGAAAAGUCCUUGGACCACACUAACUUACAAAAGAUGUACAAAAAUUUUGGGGGACUACACUAGGUGACCCAAGCCAGAAGUCUGUUAGGAAUCAGUUAUCUAUAUUGUUCAGUUGCCCUGAUUAACAGUGCAGGAGUGUCUCCAUAGCAAGCUACACCACAGUCAGUAUUGGAUUAAGCAUACUAACAUUUUUAAUGUUCUUUAUUACAUGUACUUAGAAAAAUCAGAAGCUGUAAGUAUUGAAUUAUUUACUUUUAAUCAGUUAAAUACUGUAGACUGAAUGAGAAGAUCAUCUCUCAUUUCUUGCCUUGUUUUCCUGAAAAAUGUGUAUUUUUCUUAAGCUUUUUGCAAAUGUGUGUAUUAAGCUAUCUUUAAUCUGCCUUGUAUUUCAGUAUUCAUGGUUCCAUAUAGCUUAGCAAAGCAUUAUCCUAACAAAUAAAAUAUUUAUUAAUCUCUCCUAACAGAAACUACUGUCCUGGUAAAACUGGGUCAGGAAUUAUAACAGUAUCAUUAGUUUUAUUACUAUUUUUAUGAGCAUGCUUUAAUAACGUAAUGCUUUUAAACCUGGAAAGGGGAUUAAAAGCAUAGAUUUUUUGGAAGUUUAUUUUUGCUUCCUGUUUUCUUUAAACAAGUAAAUUAACAGCAAAAAUUACUCAGCCUUGAGUAUCAAUGAAUUUCUGACAUCAUAUCAAAUAACUGUGACUCCUUGCUCUCACUUAUUUAUCAUGUGAGAGAACCUAACAGAAUGCUAUAAUAACCUGUUCUCUUUUUCCCUUCCAGCAGACAGUGUUAGAAAUGAAACUUCACUAGUGUCAGUAACAUACCUGUGAGGCCAGUGCAUAAGAAAAGGUUUUUGGCUUUAUAACAAUUCACUUUUCAGUGUCCAGAUUCUGUCCAUGUGCAACUGAGAUUGUUACAACAUUUACCACAUAAUAAAAAACAAUUUUGAUCAAACAGAUGGCUGACUGAAACAACUUAUUUUCUUUAUGUAAUGUUACAAUACUUUUUGUAAAUAAAAAUUUUAUAAAAAUAUGCCUAUAGCAUUAAUGCCAACAGCAACCCCAUUAUCUUUACAAGAACCCACAUUAUUUUUACAACAACUGGGUUGUUUGAAAACAGCAGAAUUGACCAGAUGAAGAUUUGUAGGUUAGGUUAGUUUUUGAGCGAAAACAUGGCUAGAAAAGGAACAAGAAAGACACAAGCAGAUAGCUCAGAUUUUUUCAGUCCUCUGAGAAUGCUCUGUUUUGAUUUCCACAAAGCUUUUUAAAUCCAUUAUGCUUGGCACAGUUGAAGAAAAUAUAGUCAUAUUAUUGCCUCAUAAAAAUAAGAGGGAUGAAACAAAUAAAAUCAAGACUUCAAGAGUAAGAAUGCCUCAGGACAAAGUGCAGAGAAGCUGUCCUCUCAAUCUAUAUACCCUUCAGGCUUGUUUCUGUCCCCAGAGUGACAGCAUUUCAUGUCAGAGAAGAAUAAAUAGAACAGAGUUGUGCACACUUCUUGCACGCAGAAAUCUGUCGUUUUAUUAAGUCAACUAACAACUUAUUUUCAAGUGCAGUAUGUGCCACAUUUAAGUAAAAUGACAUCAAAAGUCACCAUCUGCAUAAAAUGUAUUGUUAAUGAAAUACUGACCCAGUUUCUCAAUGGCAUAUUUCCCUUCUCUUUCUAUUCAAAUAAAAAAUCAGUGGUGACUGAUCUUGAGAGGGACUGAGCACCCAAAGUGAAAUGCGAUUUCAGACAUCUUAUCUUAAGAGAUUCCUUGGUCUCCAUCAGAUAUCUCAGAAGUUUGCAGCCCAAACUAACCUAGAUUUUUUUCUGACAUGUUUUUAUAAGUUUAUUCAGACCAGUCACUGACUCACCUAACCAGUCCUUCAACCUUAGGGGUUCUGCACCUGGCAUCUCUUUGAGAAAAUUGUCCACUCAUUAGGUUAAGCUGGCACACUGGUCUCAUUAUAUGAUGCUGCAGUGUAACACAAUCAAAGCAUCAGAAAGAUUUAGCCAUAAGAUUUUUAUGCAAUUUCCAUAGGAGUGCCAAGUCCACUUGUAUAUGUAUUAGUGUCUCUCAUCACAGAUCUUUUAAACAAACUAGCUAAUAGGCAUAAGUUUGAUAUGAUUUAACACUCAGUAUUUGAAAAACAGAUCCUGAGGUAAUGUGUUUUCAGCCACUUAUUUAUGUGUGAGCUGGAUUUGGUGCUUAAAAAUCUGUUAUCUAACUUGAGAAAAUACAUAGGAAGUAGCUACUGACAUUUUUUCAUUACUUUGCAAGGCACAAAAUAUGACAUGUCAGCACAGAAAGAUAAAGAGCUAUUCCUAAAGCAGUGUAAAAGAGCAGAGAACCCAUGUUUCUAUUUAAGUCUUUCUUGGUGAAAAUAGGACUGUUACAAGCAUCUAAGGCAAAAGAAUAUUUUGUCUGAAGACCUUAAGCUAGUUAUAAUAAAAUCAAAAAACCCCUAACCCUAGAACCCAAGGCAUUAGUACAGAAUUCCAAGUGGUUUAUUUUGAAGGCAGUUGACUGAGAUGAUAAAGAACAUUUUCUGCAGUUAAAAGUGUACAUUUUAAAACCUGUCUGGGAGCUUUUAAAGGUUCCAUUUUACAUUACAUUUUGUCUUUUAUUACGUCAUUUUGGCAGGUCAUCUGACAGCAUAAUCUAUGUUUCCAUUUCAGGGUCUGUGUGUUUUAGUAAUUAGGUGUAGAGGACAGCGAUGUGGUAGAAUAAUAGUAUCUGUGAGCCUAAUUCAUAAUCUGAAGCUAACAGAUUCCUGGUGAAUUCCUAGUGAUUCCUGUUUUUGGAUCUAGACUCUAUAUAGUAAGGCUGGAAAUACAAACUACAAGUCAUAUGUAUCCAUUUAACGGUUUGGUCUAGAAUAAUUUUAAGAAUAUCACACAACUCUUCUCUCUUGCUUACCCCCUCUCUGCAGAACUUACUUACGAAGAAGUGAUUAGCUUUAAACCACCUGACUUAAAAAUGGAUAGCCUGGAAAUAGAACAGUAAAUACAGGCAGCUGUGU